AUCUUCACAGAUCUAGGAGGUCACCGUGCCGUUGUUUUAGAAUCUUUUAAACGUGAUAUUCGUCAUCAGGAGCUCAAGUUGUACUAGUCCUGUUACUCUCGAACAAUCCGGAUAAAGUCGGUGUAAACCUGGUACGCUCUCGAAAGAAUCACCCUGGGGUUAAUUGUUUUUAUUUGUUGUAAUUGGAGUGCGUUCAGUUAAAGUAUCUGUUGAAGCAUUUUGAGUUAUGCAAGUGCAGCUUAAUGUACAUUUUCCAGGUUAAUUUCGGAUUACAUAAGUUACAAUACACAGUGGUAGAUAUUAUUGUGAAUGUCAUGACUAAAAAGAGUGAACGUUAACGAAGACGAAUUAUUGAAAAAAGAAAUUUAACGAUUCCGCCAGUAGACUUAAAAUAUGCCCAUGGUAAGAACCUUUCUUGCCUGUCUUUUCAAUCACAAAUGUUAUGUAGAAAUGUGCCUUUUUUAGGGUGUACGUUAAACGAUAAUUUGACUGUACCAGAUGUUACAGUUGUGUCCGAUGAUUAUGACGACUUGGUUGAAGGCAAAUCCUCAGAGAUACCAGAAGAUAAACCAUCAGAGAGCGAUUGGGCUUCAGCAUUAAUGAUAUUUAAAACGCGAUGUGGUGUUAACAAUGUCACAAUGAAUUCUGUUUGCAAUAUGCUUCGAUUGGAAAUGUCCCCGUUCUAUGGAAAUGUUCCCAGCAGUUGA